AUGUCUAUUAUCGUCCGACCUUACUCUAUUCCAUUCGAUCGUCUUUUCCAAGGACUACUGAGCGACUUGGAACAGUUCGACCAAGGAUUUGCUCCAUGUUUGAAGACCAACAUGGGUGUGGAUAUCGGAAAUGAAUUGAAAGAAGUUGUCAACGACACUGAGAAGUUUGCAGUUUCCAUCGACGUUUCUCAUUUCAAACC